AUUUCAUUAUAUUAUUUUACGAAACAUAAAUAAAUUGAUAAAUUAAUGGGUUUUAGAAUUAGAUUCGGUAAGAUUUAAACACCUUAACCCGUUUCAAAGCUGCAAGAAGUGGAAACAGAAUCUCGAGAAUCGAAGCCAGAGGACUAGAUCUCCAACAACCCAAAAUUUUUUUCCAGAUUUAUUGCAAUAACCGUUGAGACUCUUAGGCUAAUCCUACACUCAAUUACUGGACUCUGAAUUUGUGAAUGCAUUUAGGGGUUAUAAUUUUUACAAGUUUUGCAAGCGUUCAAGGUUAUUGUUGUUUGUCUGUUGACAGUAAUGUUCAAUCGUGGAACAAAGUCAAAGGCAUGGCAUGGGCCUCAAAACUACCCAGUUAUAGUGCCAGUUAUGUUUCUGGUAUCAGUCUUAGUAGCAUUGGUUUUGCUUUUCCAAAAAGAUGAUGUAAACCCGAUGUCGGCAUAUGGACUACAUGAGCAAAAAUGGAAUAGGUUUGAGUCUUUGGUGCAAUUUAAUCCUGAAAGGGAAUUCAGGAAUGGGACGGAUUUGAUAUGGCAAAUACCCAACUCGCCUAAGGGUGUUCUUUUUCUGGCUCAUGGAUGUAGUGGUAGAGCUGUUAACUUUUGGGAUAGGUCUUCUAAAUGCCCUAAAUGUGUUGGUUUACCGGAGGAAAGGCUGCUUGUUCUUCAUGCACUUGCACGGAAAUUUGCUGUCUUGACUAUAUCGAGUGUAGGGAGAUGCUGGACGUUUGGGAAGGAAAAAUUGAUUGUUGAAGAUAUUAUAAGAUGGUGGAUUAAUAGACAGAAGCUUGAAAAGCUUCCUCUUGUGGCGUUGGGGGCCUCUUCUGGUGGGUACUUUGUAUCUGCACUUGCUAAUGAUUUGAAGUUUAGUAGUAUAACACUUAUGAUUGCUGAAGGAAUAUUUGAUCAAAUGGACAUCAGACAGGACUAUCCGCCAACCCUAUUUGUGCACAUGCCAAAAGACGCUCAUAGGCAACAAAAAAUAACUGAAUUUAUGGAAGUUUUGAGAAAUAAAGGGAUUGAUGUUGCAGAGAUUGAAUGUAUGGAAUUACCUCUGUCACCAACUUUUUUAUCUGACAGAAUCCCAGGUCUCACUCAGACUAUUUCUGCUAGAUUGUUCAAUUUAUUCCGGGAGAAAGGCUUUAUAGAUGAGAAUGGGUAUAUGAAAAGGGAUGGGCGUGCAACACAUUGGAAAGAAGCUGUCGAGGAUAGUAAGACUACUUUGUUGAAGGACUGGGUGCAUCCUGUUCAGGAGGAGCUAAAUCUUGCGUUUGCACACCAUGAAAUGACUAGUUUGCAAUCUGAAGAGAUCUUUAAAUGGGUUGAAUCUCAUAUGACCUGAAGUAUUCUUUUGUGCCACAUUCUCCUUUCGCAGCCACGGAAAAAGCUUUGCAGACUGUUUCCAACCAAAGUACUGUCAGUCGAAAAUGAUCUUACUUACAGCUUAUAGUUACAAUCCCUCAACUUGAGCUGGACUAAAUUGUCUACAGGUUGAAGCUUGUCUUCAAACAACCAAAGACAAUGGAAUGUAAAGCCACCACCUUGCAUUAAAACCAAACUGCAGCAUGCACUAUGUAUUAGGUAAACUUAGCUAUAUUUGGGAAAUAAAGCAAUCUUCAUUACACUCUGAAUACUAUUACAUACAUUUUUUGUGGAAUUGCAAAGUAUCUCUUUUUGCCUUUUAGGGGUCUGUUUAUGCUUGCUUUGAAUGAGGUAUCUUUUGUGUUGUCUUUAUACUUUUUCAUUUGGCAUUUUCUCCUUGCUAGUUCACCUAUAGCUUAACAAUUUUGUAUGUGAAGUCUGAAAAAUAUUUGACUGCUGGACUUUGUUGAUGUCUUCUGGAAUAAAAACAUUUUAGUGCUUUUGUAAACUUAAGGCUUAGGGUGGUCCACAAUUUUAUUCACCUGCUUGAAAUGUUUGAAAAAUAGGAUUUUUUU